AUUUUUGUGUUUUAAUUUCAUUCUUUAUUUUAAUUAUCUAUUUUUAGUUUUUAUUUUUAAAUGUUUGCGUUAAUAUUUUUUAAAAAACUAUUUACCAAAAUGGGUGUUACUGCAAAACCGUGUUUAUUAGUUAUGUGAGCGCAAAACUCCCGCGAACUUUUGCAAAAAUGCACAAAUGCACGCGUCACGCGAUUUGAAACGCAACAAGUGGCGGGGAAAACAUGGCGACGCGCUGUAUCGCGUUUUCCCGCCUUUUUCGACUUGUCAUGUUACGGAUCGCACGGGGAGCACGUUUGCGAACGGUGUGUCACAAGUCACAAGUGGCCGGCUGCAGACUCAAAACUCAGAAAGCGUGGUACUUUGUCCCUGGAGGGACAGUAAUCCAAAGGGCAAAAGAAGAAGAAGAAGAAGUUUGGCCGAGUCGGGAUCGCUUAGAAUGCGUCGAGAAGUGUCGAGACAUGGCACUGUAGAUACGCGAGGAACAGAAAAUCGAUUUAACACUUAAAAGGAAGCAUGGAUCCGAGCGAGGUCGAGUUCCUCGGUGAGAAACAGCUGGUCAGCAUAGUGCCGAACUUCAGCUGUGAUGUGAUCUACCUGAUCUCGGGUUCGGUGGGUCCGUUUCGCGCCGGGCUGCCCGUCAAGGUGCCAAUCUGGCUCGCCGUGUGCCUGAAGCAGAAGCAGAAGUGUCGUAUCGUCCGCCAAGAAUGGAUGGACGUCGAGAGCCUGAACGAGAGGAAAGAGAUGGAGAAAUUAUCCAAAUUGUUCACGGAAAUGCCAAGCAGUCACUACAUGGACGAGAGUCAGAUUUUGCUGAACGCUGCAAAUGAUGAUAUUCCUGACACUGAUGGAAUAAGGAUUGCUGUGAAGGAUAUAUGGGAUAUAAGAAUGUCCAAAUUGCGCACGUCCGUGGAUGCUUUUGUGAAGAGCGAGGGGAUGCACGCGAGACUGGAUCAUCUCACUGCGAUGGAGAUUAAUGGUAUACGUCCACUGUUACCACACGCAUUAGAUCAAAUGUUGCGGAUACAAUCUGCAAGACAUACGGGAGAACGAAGUUCUCAGAAUAGCAGCAGUGGAUAUAGCAGUUUGUAAGGAAAAUUUAUUAAAUUAUUUAUAUUAUUGCUAUUGUAAUAUAAGUUAAUAGAAAAAUAGGAAUAUUUUUAUAAUUUAAUUAUUAUACAAUACACAUAAAUCAAGAACUUUUCAUCUAAUA